GACUGUGGUUGCAGCAGGACAUCCUCCUCUUCCUCCCUCCCCCCUCCCUCUGUGCGCAGUUUUGCUGCAGCCCGGUGCGACCACGACCAGCUGCAAACAUCAAUGAGUCCCUGGCUGCACCGUUAAACCCCAAACCACAGGCCGCUGCUACAGGUGACAUUGAAGUGAGACGAUCCUCAUCUGUUCCCUCUGUAAUUUGGUUCUGACCAAGUGUGCAUUCUUCUACAAAUGGAUAAUGGAGACUGGGGCCAUAGGAUGAGUACUCCUGUUACCUUGAACGUGGGAGGCCACCUGUACACCACCAGUUUAUCUACCCUGCAGCGCUAUCCAGACUCCAUGCUGGGCGCCAUGUUUCGGGGAGACUUCCCCACGACUCGCGAUUCCCAAGGCAAUUAUUUCAUCGAUCGCGAUGGAACGCUUUUCCGGUACAUCCUGAACUUCCUGAGAACGUCGGAGCUUACACUUCCCCUGGACUUCACAGAGACGGACCUCCUGAGGAAAGAGGCAGACUUCUACCAGAUCGAACCUUUGAUCCAGUGCCUUAACGACCCCAAGCCUCUGUACCCUCCCGAUAUCUUCGAGCAGGUCGUGGAGCUGUCUAGCACUCGAAAACUGUCAAAGUACUCAAACCCGGUCGCUGUCAUCAUCACGCAGCUGACCAUCACUACGAAAGUUCACGCCCUCCUAGAAGGCAUUUCCAACAACUUCACCAAGUGGAACAAACACAUGAUGGACACCAGAGAUUGCCAGGUGUCGUUCACCUUUGGACCAUGUGACUAUCAUCAAGAGGUGUCCCUAAGGGUGCACCUCAUGGACUACAUAAUGAAGCAAGGCUUCACCAUAAGGAACACACGUGUGCACCACAUGAGUGAGCGCGCAAACGAGAACACUGUGGAGCAUCACUGGACUUUCUGUAGACCAGCCCAUAAAGUUGAGGACUGAACUCCGUCAUUUUCUGUUGGACUUGUCUUCGUGUUACACAAAGAACAAAGCUGACCUCUGUUUUAUCAAUGUAUCACUAAUAAUGUAGAUUUUAUUGUAGUAACGUGCACAAAGCUCAAAGUCCAGAUGGCAAAAAAAAAAAUAAUAAUAAUGUGAAUUCAUGAUUUAUUCACAUCUUAUCCAUGCUGCCACCACAUAUUUGGCUCUUCUUAAAAGAGGAAUAGUCUUUGGUUGUAUGGUUUACAAAUCCAUAACAGCAUUUCUUAUGAAACAGAAAGGACAGAAGAUUAUGAUUUAGUUUACGUACGGAACCUGUAUUACCACAAUUAUGCUGAAAUGGAUGUUAAAGCAUUUUUAUGGGAGUAAGUGAGACUAAGUGUGGCUAAAAAAGGUCAGUAAUAAAGUGAUUGUAGCAGCAAUAUAAAUUUCAGCAACAAUUUGUAGGAAAAAAGGAAGAGACGGCAAAAGCUCUCUUGCUUAAAUGUACAGAUUCAUUUUGGAUCUGAGACGCUGUACAAAGAACUUUCUUUCGGACUCCUCCUUUUUUAUAAUAAUAACUUAUAAUUACCUUUAGCCAAAUAGCUUUCUGCUAAGUUUAUGGUAGAAAAUUAGUCUCUUACGACUCUAUUAUCCCCUUGUAUGGUACUAUUUCUGAAGCCCCUCUGUAGCUGUUGCAUGUGUCUGAACGUCUUGUGUAUGUAUACUGUAUGUAUCUGCUGACAGUACUGUUACAGUUUAGAGUUCAUAUCGAAUGUGAUGUGUUUGGUCAUCUCAGCCAAAAUAAACCGUCUGUGUAUUUCAUUUCGUUA